AUGAGCACAGGACAAUGGGUCGGUGGCGACAAGGGCGGCAAGCGUGCAUAUGGGCCCUUUGUUUGUUUGAUUUGCGAGACUGACCUGACCUACCGUCGAGCUCAGAUGGUUGAGAUUGCUCGAACACGCCUCUUGCUCAAGGACACCCGUGCUUCGCAUAAUCUCGACACCUGUUUGCUCGCUUCCCGUCAUGGCUUCAGUCAUAGAGCCACUCACCCGUCGUCGUCCGUGUUUAGCUACAUGCAGCGAGAGCCAUCCGAGUCUUCAGAACAGCUUCCUCAGUCAAACAACACCUCGAUCCCGUCUUCCUCGUCCCAACAUGGCUUGCUUCACCAUGAACUCAGCGACAUUCAUCGGGUUCGCUCGGCAGACUCUAGCCGUGGCUCCCGCAGCGCGUCUCCGCAGUCUGUGUCGGACGGCCGUCGUGACUCGCUCGAUGCAGUCGAUGCCGAUAAACUCGACGAGAAACUACGCGGAUUGAGACUUCACGGGAAGCCCAAUGCCGCUCGCCGUCUCCCUGCUGCUGGCCAGAGAGUUUCAGACCAUGAAAAUGCCCUGACGCCGCCUACUCCGAGACAGGCCCUGGGAUUCAAAGUCAUUCGACGCUGUGACUCAUUUGACGGCCCCCAGUUGACAGAUUUUCCAAAUGAAAUCUUGACACACAUCUUGUCACAUCUUCAUCCCGACUCUCAUGCUGCUGUUGCCCUGGUGUCGAAGCGUUUUUACGCGCUGGUGACGACGCCACAUGCAUGGCGCAUGGCAUUCAUGCGAUACUUUCCAGGGCACACUUGCCUAGACAGCUCGUCCUCGAAACGAAUUGCAGACCUCUGGGCUGGAUCGACAUCUGAUGUCGUUCAAUCUGACAUCCGCUACUUUGGUCGACUGACGGCACUAGCUACCUGGCGGAGCGAGUACCUGUUUAGAACUCGAUUGAUGAGAAGCUUGGCAAGGGGAAAACCUGGAACUAGCGCUGGUGGCAUUGGUGCAUCCGGAGGCAAAUCUGCGAAGCGCAAAAGUGCUGUCCUGACAUACAAUUCUAAACUGCCAUGGCUGGUUACCAAUAUUCACGCCGUCUUCUCCAACGGCAAGAAGCCUCCGCGCGCUAUUCAGGGAGCUGGUGACCUCGGCGUUGCUACCAUGAGCGAUCCGACGAGUGGCAAGAUUGAGAAAUGGGGCCUAGAGGAUCCAUUCUCGUCUGCCCAGUUGGAAGAAGUCGUGCCGAAUAUUGUUCCCUAUGGGCUUGGAGAUGGGCCAGUUGCCGUGCCUAACACGAUGGAUGUGAGUCAGCCGUACGGCAUCAUUGCUGGCGAGGGCUUUCCAGGUGGUCGUGCCCAUUUCCGAGGUAUCAACGAAGCCUGUGGUCGAUAUCUGGAUGGUGACACUCGCGUUGUCGAUACAUACCCAGAUGUCCCUAAGAUCCCAGAAAUGUCAGACGCCAUAUGCAGUGUGUGGAUUGCCAAGUCGUCAGCAGUUCCAGCUACCACACAUUCCAUUUGCGGCAUGAUGACAGGCUCUGCCCUUGGAGUUGUUACGGCAUACGCCCUUGGCUGGGACCCGAAUGGUCCACGAUACGCCAACGGUGACAUGACGGCCCGGUGGGUUCUCAGUCCUGGUGUUCCAAUUAUUGCUCUCAAAAUAGACGACAAUUACAGCGUAAAGCGAAGGUCAUCUUCGAGGGUCUGGGCCGUCGCUUUGAACGCUCUAGGUGAAGUGUACUAUUUGACAAAGUGCCCAGUGACUACACUUAACCGCGCCAACGGCGACGAUGUCACCAGGCAUGCAUGGCUUGCUGGUAGGACAGCAUACUGGCAUCUAUUGGAGCCCACCAGACGCACAGCUCGACCAGAUGAAUUAGACAAGAACGUUGUUCGAGGAGCCUAUACGCCACGUUCACCAUCAAAUGACAUGGAUCUCAGUAAAGAGCAACUCGCAGCAGAAGCUCGCGAGAUUGAAAAGUACCUUCUUUACAAGCCGUCCCACUUCCGCAAGGUCUGUGAGGGCUGGGACAUGCGACGCAAGCUGGAAGUGGAUUUUGCCGGCGAUGACGGUGAAGGAGCGGGAGAAGGCAUUUUCGUUGUGGACUGCGGACUUGCUGAGCAUACACCUGCGCGUGUGUUGCGAUACUGUCGAUCAAUGGCAUCGCCGGGUCGAGAGCUACGUCAAGAUGGCUCUUCAAAACCAAGAGGUUCUACAACAGCCACACCGGUCAAAGCACGGCCAUCUCUCUUUGGAUCCGCAGAAGUGACCUCGGCCGGGGAUUGUGCUACUCCAGAGCCACAAUCGCCUCAUCCUCCGCCGCCAACACCAAUGUCACCCCUGCAUGAGGGAAGUGUCAGCCUCCACGAUUGGACCUGUACGUCGUUCGAGCUCAAAGGAAGCCAGCAGACAGCCAACAUCACGGCUAGUUGUUUAGAUUGCUCAACUCAUUCUUUGCAUACGCUGACAGAAGAUCCACUUCAUACUGCGGCGGAGCCUGGAAAUGUCACCGCAACGACGACGCCUUCUACGCCGUCUGCGGGAAAUGUUGAGCAUGUGGCGGCUGAAAUUCCUGGGCGCCGGGCACGGUUCCUCGCCAUUGGCACCAAUACCGGUGCGGUAACAGUAUGGAAUGCCCGCGAAGAGGCCAGGCACGAAGCUGUACAGCCCCUGCGUAUCUUCCACACAGAUUCCCCAGAGAUCUCAUGUCUGGCAGCUUCGGCGCUGUAUUUAGUCCAUGGAGGCAGCGAUGGCCUUGUACAGGCUUGGGACCCUCUGGCAUCGACUCUGGAUCCUAUCAGAACUCUCAACGCACGAUCCAACGGUCGUGUGCCGCGGCAUAUGAUGACGAUGAAUCCGACACUGCGAGAGGGCAACUACUCAGCAGUAGGAGCCAUCUAUCUGGACCCAGAUCCCCUCGUUCUGCGUGGUGUCCUAUCGUUUGGAGCAUUCCUUCGAUACUGGACAUACAGCUCUGCAAGCCACCCCACAGGUCGGAAGCGUCGAAUCAGACACUCUGAUAUCCACGGGCGCAUCGCCAGUCGCCGACUUGGCGGCACCGUCUCGGGAUACAUUGCUGCAGAAGAAGCAGAGCUGCGUCGCGAAAACGAAGCCCGCGCCCGAGAACAGGCUCGCCUUCGUAAGCGGUUCGGCGUCGGUGCUCUCGGCGAUCUCACCGAGGAGGAAGCCAUUCGAUACGCCCAAAUGGUCUCCGAGGAGGCGUACCUCCAAGAAGAACAGCGUCGGGCGAGCGACUCUGCCGCCGACGCUAGCCUCGAUACAGCAUCGUCCGUUAGCGAAACCACCAUCGACACUGUCACGGAACCCAGUGUCACGGAUGCCACCCCCCCCAUUGCCAGUGCAACAGACAACGAUGAAAGCGAAUUCGAACAGCAAAUCCAGCAAGCUAUCCGUCUGUCACUGCUAGAAGGCGUCAACGACCUCGGCCAGUCACCUCGUGGCAAUUCCUCUGGAGAGUUCGAUUUCCCCAUCCAAGUAAAGGUCACUAAGAAGAAGGGCAAGUCUCGCUCGCCCUCUGCUUCACCUACCAUGACUACGCCCGUAAAUGGGGGUUCGUCAAAGGUCAAUGAGGAUGAGGAUCUUGCCCUUGCUAUCAGUCUUAGCAUGCAGCAGCAGCCAGUAGAAGAUGAUUUCCCGCCUCUAGAGACGGAAGGCGUGGGCAAAGGCAAGGGCGUUAGGAGAUGGUGA